CCACAUGUCUCGCCCACGGCCAGCGGCGGCGGACACCGAGCCCCUCCCACGUGUUGCGCGUCGCUCCCCGUCGCCGCACCCGCCGUCCCCGUCACUCCUCGCGGGCAUCCUCUCCGACCUCGCCGAAGCCAGCCUCCCUGUAGGGCCGGGCGCUGAAGCCGGCCUUCCCAUCACCGCCGCAGUGCUCGUAGUGGUGGUCCCCCACUGUCGCGGCGAACAGCAGCAGCCGCAGGUGCCGUAGAGUAGCCUGCAGGUCCAGGACGCCGCCUCGUGCAGCAUCUUGACUGGCUAGUUGUUCGCUGGAACCAGAUCGGUCGAGCUACAACUGGUGGUGGUGGGCCUGGUUAGAGAUGAUGAGAUGAGAUCAUCAUGUCAAUCUCAGUGCUGGAGGCCGGGCCACAUGUCUCGCCCACAUCUGGCGGCGACGGACGCCGGGAUCCCGCAUGCCGCGCGAUGCUUCCCAUCGCCGCACCUGCCGGGCCCAUGAUGCGACCUCCGCACGCCUCCCCAACGGACGAGUGCAGCUCGGGCCCGCGUGAGCGACGAGCUAGCGGCACGGAUGGCCACACCGAGUUGGAGGAUGGCGCCAUGGAGGAGGGCGGCACUGGGCUUGGGGAUGGGGAAGUGGAGGAGGGAUGGAGCCCCGGCGAAGGUUCGACUCCUCCCCCGGGUGCGCAGCUCACGGGUCCGCCUGGCCCCGCCGCUAGCGGGAGCCGCGCGCCACGAGCUCCGGGCGGGAGAGGGGGACGAACGCGGCGGUGCCCGCUGGAGCUGCACAUGAGCGCGGCAGUGGCGGGGUAGGAGGUGAGCUGGGGGCCGGCCACCAGCGGCAGCAGGGCAGGGCUCCGUCGAGCAGUCAAGGCAUGGAUGGAGGUUGAAGGAGAAGCUGACUUGUGGGGCCCACAUGUCAGUGAGUGGAGAGAGAAGCAGAAGGGGUGUUUUGGUCCAUACGGAAGAUGCGUAUGACAGUGGCCUGACAGUGGGCCUAGGCACCCAAAAGACGUAGAAAAUGGCAAGGAUCAGGUAGACGAAGAAUCAUAAUGGCAUGUUUCAAAAUAGGUGAAUUGUAAUGAUAGAUCUCAGAACUUCGAAAAUUGUAAUGGUUUUGGAUGCUUCCUGGUACAUGCCGGUAGAGAACAGGGAUCCUUGGGAAGAAUACCAGGUGGCACAUAUCCCUGGUGCGUUGUUCUUUGACAUUGAUGGCAUAGUCGACCGGACAACUGAUUUACCACACAUGUUGCCAUCAGAAGAGGCUUUUGCAGCAGCAGUUUCUGCGCUGCAUAUAAAAAACCAGGAUAAAGUUAUUGUUUAUGAUGGAAAAGGAUUCUUCAGUGCACCUCGUGUUUGGUGGAUGUUUAGAGUUUUUGGGCACAAUAAAGUUUGGGUGUUAGAUGGAGGUUUACCUCAGUGGCGAGCUUCAGGGUUUGAUCUUGGAAGUGCCAGCCCUGAUGAUGCAGUUCUUAAAUCCAAAACUGCCACUAAGGCUGUUGAAAGGGUUUAUAAUGGUGAACAGACAAAUACAAUCACAUUCAAGACUGAAUUUCAGCCUCAUCUAUUCUGGACACUGGAGAAGGUCUCACAUAAUGUUGCUGCUAAGAAUUACCAACAAGUAGAUGCCAGAUCAAAGGGCAGAUUUGAUGGAGUAGCACCAGAACCACGGGAAGGAGUAAGAAGUGGACAUAUACCAGGAAGCAAAUGUGUUCCAUUCCCAGAGAUGUUUGAUGGUGCACCAAGGCUUCUGUCCGCUGAUGAGCUGAGGCAAAAGUUUCAGCAAGCAGGAAUUUCUCUUGAUCACCCCAUUGUUGUCAGUUGCGGAUCUGGCGUGACUGCCUGCAUACUUGCUCUGGGGCUCUAUAGAAUUGGGAAGCAUGAUGUUCCAGUUUAUGAUGGAUCUUGGACAGAAUGGGAAGCACAAUCAGAUUCUGAUUACCCAAAAGCUACCACCACUGCUUCUUAAAAUCCCCAACUCUAAAGAGAUGCGAUGUAGUCCAUCCAUCCUGGAGCAUUCAGUUUAGAAUGUCAGCAAAGAUGACAUUGCCAUGUGACAAGCUUUGCACUUAAACAAAGGCAAAGCUUAUAAGGCAAGAAAUGCCCAAUAUGUUCUAUGUUGUCCUGUGACCGAAAGAGAUGAAGAGAACAUGAAGCAGGGACAGAAAGUGCACCCUUGCCAAUUCUUGUGACCCUAUUGUCAGCAUGGAACCUAUGGUUGACAUCUACUAGCAUCAUUGUAUUUACCAUACAGAUUACCAUGUUCAUGAUAUUGCAGCUAAAUGAGUUAAGCAUGGCGAAUUCUUGUUUUUGCAUCAUAAUACGAGGAUUAAUGUAUGAGAGUUUCAGCUCUCACAGCAUUGUUUA